CUCCAACUCCACCAAGAAUUCCGACUCGAACCGUCCUCAAAACUCCGCGGCAGAAACCAUCACGAGAGUUUACUGCGCCCACUAACGAUGGUAUAUUUCAGCAUUGACUGAAAUCUUCGUUCUUUCUUUAUUUCUUACCUCUUGAAUAUUCGAAUUGUCAACACAAUGCUUCCUCUACGCUUCCUCCGACAUCGCCCGCCCUUUGCGACCUUCAUCCGUACGGCUUCUUCUUGCUCGACUUCCUCCCGCCUCGAGACCCUGGCCAAGUCUCCGAUCCGUGUUCUCCGAUCCGUUGAAGCUGUCCGUCGCUGGCGUAACCCUCAUGUCGUGAAUCACCGAUCAGUCGGCCUCGUGCCCACUAUGGGCGCUCUUCACGAGGGCCAUCUGGCGUUGAUACGCGCCGCUGCCAAGGAGAAUCAUCAUGUUGUCGUGAGCAUAUAUGUCAAUCCGGCGCAAUUUGGCAUAAAAGAAGACCUAUCAUCAUAUCCAGUCACCUGGGAUGAAGACGCAAAGAAGCUGGCUGCACUGGAUAGAGAACUUGCAGACGAUGGAGGAAACUUGGGUCGCAUCUCUGCUGUGUUUGCGCCAACGACACCAGAGAUGUACCCCAGCGGCUUUCCAGGCCAGGAAGUUAAUAGUAAAGGAAGCUUUGUUACAAUCACGCCCGUUGGGGAAGUAUUGGAGGGUGCCAGCAGACCAACAUUCUUCCGAGGUGUUGCGACAGUGUGCUUAAAGCUAUUCAACAUUGUCCAGCCCGAGCGUGUGUACUUUGGUCAGAAGGACGUCCAACAAACAGUUGUCAUCCGUCGAAUGGUUAAGGAUUUCAUCCUGCCCAUGGAGGUUGUCGUUGAACCCACACAACGUGAACUCGAUGGCCUUGCUUUGAGUUCUCGGAAUGUGUAUCUUGGACCAAGACGAAGAGCUGUCGCUACAGUGCUUCCCCAUGCCCUAUUUACCGCUGCCGACGUAUACAACACUAAGGCUUCGCGCAAGAGAGAAGAUAUUCUUGGCGCCGCACACAAUUUUAUCGAUGCUACGGCAUCCCGCCAAUCCACGCUUCCUCCCACAGAACGUGUGCUCUUCGAGGUCGACUACAUAUCUCUGGCAGAUCCAGAAACAUUAGUGGAAAUCGAUGAGGUUGAUCCAUCGCGCGGAGCUGUUAUGAGCGCAGCGAUUAAGAUGUUACCAGUGGAGCAGGCUCAGAAAGGCGAGGACCUGGGCUUCAGUGGAGGUCCAGCGGUACGUUUGAUAGACAAUAUCAUCCUCAAGCCCCAAGAGCCUAAGGAUUCAUAGACGCUGGUAAUAUGAGAAAUGAAACCUAAAAAGUAUACCCGAACAGACCUCGACUGUUCAAAAAACGAGCCUAUAACAUCGGGCUAGCUAGG